AAAACUUCUUGCAAUCGACAAGUGAUAAUUCCUAAGAAUUUUACUUCUGCUUGUUUUAAAGCAGAGGUUUCCAUAAGCCUGGGAAACAGGCAUGACCAUUUUCCUUUAAUUUCUAUAUAUAAUGUAUAUUACAUUUUGACGAACAAAAUCAAAAUUUUGCAAAAUGAAAUCGUACACUUGUGUGCGAUGGGGAUCCUUAUUAUUGUUUUCUUGGAUAAUCAGUGCAGCAGAGAUUGACUAUGCCAGGAACGGUUUUCCCGAGGGAUGCGUUGUCAACGGACAGUUUUAUGCAGUGGGCGACACCUUUAUUCCGGACCCGGCCAAUUAUCCGUGUGCAGAGCACAUUUGCGUUAAAGGAGAUGAUGGACCAAUCGACAGGCUGAACCGUAAUAUAGAGUGCCCGGAUCUUGGCUGUCCAUCGGGACAACAACCGAUCUUUGAAUAUGGGAAAUGUUGUCCCGAACGAUGCGAAGCGGCAACAUUUGUACAAAAAGAAGCUGCAAAGGAGAUGUUUGUUCCUGCGGAUGCAGGUAAACUUGGGGCAGUGAUUGGCAAAGAGGCAUUCGUUGUAGCAGACGAGAAGGCGGGAGGUGCUGCCGUCGCCCCGUACCCUUACCCAGGGGUUGGUGUUGGCAUGCCCGGACCCAGAGGCCCACAAGGACCCCCCGGACAACCGGGAUCCCCUGGAUUUCCUGGUCCUCGUGGCGAGAAUGGAGAACCGGGACCUAGCGGACCCCCAGGUCCAAGGGGGUUUCCCGGACCAACCGGUCAAAAUGGAAACGACGGAGAUGAGGGUUUGCCAGGAGAACAGGGACCCCCGGGACAAACAGGAGAACCCGGUAAUCCAGGAAGUCCAGGAAUGCCUGGGAUGCCUGGAAUGAAAGGACACAGGGGUAUGCCUGGAGGGCCUGGAAUGACUGGGGAGGCAGGGAAACCUGGAGACAAGGGCCCAGUUGGACCAGUAGGCCCCCCUGGAAGCCCCGGACUAAUGGGGCCGGCCGGAGCCCCCGGAGAGAGGGGUCGUGACGGACCAGAUGGGACACCGGGACUUCGAGGUUUGGACGGAAGUCCUGGAGAACAGGGACCCAUGGGUCCAAUAGGACCCCCCGGAUCCCCGGGAUUUCCUGGGAGCAUAGGAGCAAAGGGCGAUGCCGGUGUGAGGGGAGCUAAUGGUGAGAUGGGAAUGACCGGACCACCAGGCGCUAAUGGACUACCAGGGCCCGUAGGUGAGCCUGGGCGGCCCGGGGCACCGGGCACCGAUGGCGCAACUGGACCAAAGGGAGAAAUGGGUAUGCAAGGUGCACCUGGAAGUCAAGGGUUCCCCGGACCCCAGGGGCCCUCGGGACAGGCCGGAGAGCCGGGAACACCCGGAGACAGGGGAGACACUGGUCAAGAUGGAACCCCUGGUCGUCAAGGUGACAUCGGAGAGAAGGGAAACACCGGAGCACCUGGAGAACAAGGGUUACCUGGACUUGCCGGACAGGAAGGGAAGAGGGGACCUCCCGGGCCCCCAGGACAACAAGGGCCAGUCGGAUUAACAGGAGAAAGGGGAUCCCCUGGAGCAACUGGAUUGCCAGGACCACAAGGCUCGCCUGGAUCUUCUGGGAGACCCGGGGAGAGGGGACAAGCAGGGGAGCCAGGAAUCUCCGGAGACCCGGGGAUACAAGGAACACCCGGAUUUCAAGGCCCGCCUGGACCAAGGGGUAGACCAGGAAAGAGUGGUAACCAAGGGCAACAGGGAGAACGCGGACAACCUGGACUCGCAGGAAAAGACGGCAAAAACGGAGAAGCUGGCCCCCCCGGACCCCCAGGAAAUCCAGGACUCCAGGGACCCAGUGGAAUCGUCGGAGAGUCGGGUCUCCCAGGAAGAGACGGUGACUCUGGACCCCCGGGUCGUCAAGGAGGGAGAGGUGUACGUGGACCGGCCGGUCCCCCGGGACCCGAAGGACCAAUAGGCAUUCAGGGGCCACAAGGAGAGAGAGGGGAAACCGGUGUCGCUGGAGAUCCUGGAUUCAAUGUAAGUCACUUUUAUAAAUAUUACUCUUUAUAUUCUGGAUACUGCGGCUUAUUCUAA